GGGAGCACAUGUGUAUGCUUGUCACUAAGGGGCUGGGAGAAGGACUAAGGGAAGCGAGGUAGCUGGGCACAGCCGCCAUAUGCUGACUGGAUUCCUGUUCAUGUCUGCUGUGUGAAGACUGUAGGUUUCUGUUGUGUGCUGGCUGGCUGGGGAACACACCAUGGGAAGCUCACAUCUCCUCAACAAAGGCAUGCCUCUAGGUAUCAGGCCUCCCAUCAUGAACGGGCCCAUGCACCCGCGCCCCCUGGUGGCCCUGCUGGACGGGCGUGACUGCACUGUGGAGAUGCCCAUCCUGAAAGACGUAGCAACUGUGGCCUUCUGCGACGCUCAGUCCACACAGGAGAUUCACGAGAAGGUGCUGAAUGAAGCUGUAGGAGCUCUGAUGUACCACACCAUCACUCUGAUGAGAGAAGACCUGGAGAAGUUCAAAGGUCUGCGUAUUAUCGUCCGCAUCGGGAGCGGCUACGACAACAUCGACAUCAAAUCUGCCGGAGAGCUGGGCAUCGCUGUAUGUAACAUGCCGGCAGCCUCGGUGGAGGAGACGGCCGACUCCACGCUGUGCCACAUCCUCACAUUGUACCGACGCACCACCUGGCUGCAUCAGGCUCUGCGGGAGGGCACGCGGGUUCAGAGCGUGGAGCAGAUCCGAGAGGUGGCCUCAGGUGCAGCGAGGAUCAGAGGAGAGACGCUGGGACUCAUAGGACUCGGUCGAGUGGGCCAGGCUGUAGCGCUGCGGGCGAAGGCUUUUGGCUUCAAUGUGAUUUUCUAUGACCCUUAUCUGGCCGACGGAGUAGAAAGAUCCCUGGGACUACAAAGGGUCACCACACUACAGGACCUGCUCUUCCACUCUGACUGUGUGUCUCUGCACUGCAGCCUGAACGAACACAACCACCACCUGAUCAACGACUUCACCAUCAAACAGAUGCGUCAGGGGGCGUUCCUGGUAAACACAGCCAGGGGGGGUCUGGUGGAUGAGAAGGCCCUGGCUCAGGCUCUGAAGGAGGGGAGGAUACGUGGAGCGGCUCUGGAUGUUCACGAGACAGAGCCUUUCAGUUUCAGUCAGGGUCCACUGAAGGACGCCCCCAAUCUGAUCUGCACUCCACACGCUGCCUGGUACAGUGAACAGGCAUCAUUGGAAAUGAGAGAGGAGGCAGCCAGGGAGAUCCGAAGGGCUAUCACAGGUCGUAUUCCAGACAGUCUGAAGAACUGCGUGAAUAAGGAGUUCCUCUCCCAGAACAACCACUGGACAGGAGUGGACCCAGCCACCGUCCACCCCGAGCUGAACGGGGCUUAUAGGUAUCCCCCCGGGGUGGUCAGUUUGCCAGCGGGGGGGCUCCCGCCUCCAGUUGAAGGCAUUGUGCCCAGCGCCAUGCCCAUCACACACACCCUCCCGCCCGCUGUCACACAUCCUCCCCAUGCUCCAUCUCCUGGACUAAACACAGUAAAGCCACCAGAGAGCGACAGAGAGCAGCAUCCGAAUGACCACCUGUAGCCACACAUACACAAACAACACUCGCGCAAACACACACACACACACACACACACACACACACACACACACACACACAGACACACACACACACACACACACACACACACACACAAACACACACACACACACACACACACACACGCUUGCCCGCGCUGUCUGGCAGCUGGAGGAGAGGUUAUCAGACCGGUUCAGAUCGACAGGAUGAGGUCCCCAAAAACAAUCGAAUCCCAACUCUCAGCAAGCCUGUUCACACUCCAGAGAGGAAGAAGAGGAGGAUGAGAGAAAGAGGAUCAGGAGUGGAUCACUUUCAAAUGUUCUAAUUUAAGAACGAGACAGUUUACCUCUGCCCCACACAAGUCCUAAAAAAAAAGACUGUGAAACUCAUUGAUCACAAGAGCACAUUGAUCUUUCGAAUAGUUUCCUCUGCCAGAAGUAAAUCAAAAAACUAAAAAAACGACAACGGUCUCUUGGUUUGGAAAGAAAAAAAAUACUAAAUCAAAUUCUGCUGUAUUAGACUGUAGUGUGUCCAGAGUUAGAGGAGCAUCUUUCAUGUCUUUUUCUGUCUUUUCCUUAGUUUGAUGUACAAGCGAAAGUAGUAGGUUAUGAAAUUAAUGUAACCUGUGUGUGUUUUGAGACUCGAGGCGAGAAGAUACUGAUAUUUGUAUUCCAGUCUUACACAGAAACAAGAGUUGUGUGACUUCUAUGUAGCCAAACUGGUUUGAGAAUACAACAUCUGUGUGUUUGUUUUAUUUUCAAUGUGUCCCCAAAUUAACAAGCCCCCCCCCCCCCCCAAAAAAAAAGAGGCAGCUUUUUCCACACCAUCUCAGGAAACUAAGUUUCCGCGGUUGGUAUGUUGAUACAUUUUUGUUUUAAAAAUCCAAUUUUAUGCCACUUAGUGCUUUUGUUUUUCUACCUGCUUGCCUUUUCAUGUCCCGCCAUUAGAGUAAGACCUUAAAUAAGAGCUAAAGUCGAUCUGAUGUUUGCUUUUCUUUGUUUUUGUUUAAAGGGGGCAUGUGAUUUUGCUCUCGGACUUGUGUUAAUGUUUGACCCAAGUUGAGGGGGUUGUGGGAAGAAAGGCUGCAGGACGGUGGCAAAACGGUAUGCUUGGCUAGGGCGACUUCAUCUGCAGCAUAAUCGAGUGGUUUGUGUGAAUUACUGUUUGAUAAAGACAGGUCGUCCAUGAGGUGAUUUUCAUAACAUGUACUUAUCUUCGUCUUCUUCAUGUGCAAUGAUCCAGUACUUCCACCACCAGUCCCAGUAAUUGUCCAGCUCCUGGAGCGUGAACAGUCGAGCACACCAAGGUUUACAAAAGAUGCACAACACCGAUGAUUAAGUGUGUUGCUUCUUGCUGCUAGAUAAAUAUUUUAGAGAGGUUUCCCUUUUAACUUUGUCUGACAAAAACAUUUUUAUUGCUUCCCAUUUCGAAGUGAAAUCCACUUUGCAGAGGUCACACUCCAUUCGAGACAGUUGAGGAACAGUUGGGGGGGGGGGGGGGGGGGGAGUUUGGUUAAACCAAAUUUGUUUCUGUCUCUGUUGCCACGUUCAGCUUUUACAGAUAAAAAAAAUAAAUAAGAAACUGCUUCAUGGCUUGUCAUUUUAAACUGCUUUCUAAAAGAUGAACCUGCUUGUGCAAACAAAACAACACAAAAAGUAUGUUUUUUUAUAGAAAUGUGAGAGACAUCAUAUAUGCACAGUGAAGUUCAGAUGUUUAAUGGUAGCAUGUCAGAAUGUAUGGAUUGCUCCAGUAUAAAAUCCCUUUAACAUUUCACGAUGGCUCCUUCCCGAGGUAUACCGUUUAGCCACCCUCUGUGGCCUCUGUGUCUAUGUGUACAUAUGGUGUUCUGCCUGCCUGUGUCAAUGUGACUUGGUUGUAUCUGUGUCUUAAAAAAACAGCAGCACUGGGAGAAGGGGGGUGGCAUCACGACAAAUACUGCCAUCUAAACACACAACGUAGAAAUACGUACGGUAGCAAACUGAGCCAGUAACACAAGUUCUUACUGGUUCAAUUCCCACAAUGUAUAGAAAAUAUCUCAAAACCCUUUCGCUAUGAGGAAUAUUUAUUACCGACUCCAGUUUGUUGAAGUUAGCAGGCCAGCAGAGCGAUUGGUGCUUUCUCGAACCCCUUCUACCAGCGGCUGAGUGGUACAACAGUUCACUGUUGCCUACCUGCUCGUCUUCAUGGUGAGGUAAGCGUGGCGAUCAGGGAUGGAACUUUCACUCGCCAUCUGUGAGGGUUUUGUAGCCCGGGCUAGUGUCUAGUUCAUAGGGUACUGAGCUGACUCAGGAUUUAAAACUCCCAAAUCCUGAGGGGAAUGCUGAAAUAUUAUGAACUUGACUCUUAAUCCAACCAGAUGCCUGGUCAUUACAUUGUGGAGAAACUUCGUGGUUACUUCCGAAUAUAAACUCUAAUCAUUCCUUGUUCAAACCGAUGGGUGCCACAAUUGGGAAAACAUGCAGACUAGCUUCUAAUGCAUUGAGGUGCUCCUUGAAAUUCCAUCCCUGAUAGUAACGUGCAGUCCACUGUUGCCUACCUUGGUCCCUUUUAUGGUAAAGUAGUAGGCGUAGCAAUAUACAGUAUACAUAUUCUAUAUUCUUCAGUAAAUAUCAUUAUUUUUGGUCAAAACUGACAACCUGACAAAGAUAUGUUUGUGACUGUAUGCAUUUGUAUGAAUUAUUUUAAAAGCAAAUAAACUGUGGAAAGGUGAAA